GGCCCUUUCCGCCCCGCUCCCGCCCCGCGCCCGGGUCGCUGCGCUGAGACCCCGCGCCCCCCGCCGCCCCCCGCCGCCGCCAUGAUCAUCUACCGGGACUGCAUCAGCCAGGAUGAGAUGUUCUCGGACAUCUACAAGAUCCGGGAGGUGGCGGACGGCCUGUGCCUGGAAGUGGAGGGGAAGAUGGUCACCAGGACAGAGGGUCAAAUUGAUGACUCUCUAAUUGGUGGCAAUGCCUCUGCUGAAGGUCCUGAGGGAGAUGGAACAGAAGCCACGGUCAUAACUGGUGUUGACAUAGUAAUUAACCACCACCUUCAGGAGACCAGCUUCACAAAAGAAUCCUACAAGAAGUACAUCAAGGAUUACAUGAAAGCAAUCAAAGCCAGACUUGAGGAACACAAGCCAGAGAGAGUAAAGCCUUUCAUGACUGGGGCUGCAGAACAAAUCAAACACAUCCUUGCCAACUUCAAAAACUACCAGUUCUUUGUAGGGGAGAACAUGAAUCCAGAUGGAAUGGUGGCUCUCCUGGAUUUCCGUGAGGAUGGUGUGACCCCAUAUAUGAUUUUCUUUAAGGACGGCUUAGAAAUCGAGAAAUGUUAACAAAUCAAACAGUAUGGUUUUGGAUCACUUGUCUUCAUAGCUGGCUGCUGUUUCUUCUUCAUCGGCACAACACCAGGAAUCAGCAAUGUCUAACUGGACUGAUGUCAUCUUGAGCUUUAUUCACUUAUUUUGACCCUGAUUUGGAGUGGAGGCAUUGUUUAAAAAAAAAACAAAAAAACAUCUAUCAUGUAGGUUGUCUAAAAUAAAACUCAUUUAAACCCA